CGACGUUGUACUCGUACCUGAAAACGCAAGACUGCCAGACACUUCACACCACCUGUUAGGUUCCUUAUAUCACACCUCCCUUUCUUUCGCCAGUUCUUCUUCUCUUCUCUUCUUGCUCUUUGACCCUCUUGACCAAAUCAAAAUAUUCUAGUAGUCCUUGCAACUACGUUACACUCGCUCUCAACCACUUCCAUACCACGUUUCCCUCCUCUCUGAUCUUUGUCUCCCCCGUUCGUUAUAAAUCUCAUAGUAAUUCAAGAUGAAGGCCCUCAUUCUGUAUGCUUCCACCAUGUUGCACUGCUCAGCAACAGAACCGCUAACAUCUCCAGCGUUGGUGGCUUCGGCACCAGACUGCGACCUCUCACCCUCACUCUCCCAAAACCUCUCGUCGAGUUCGGCAACCGUCCGAUGAUUCUGCAUCAAAUCGAAGCUCUCGCAGCAGCCGGUGUCACAGACAUUGUCCUUGCAGUCAACUACCGGCCCGAAGUCAUGACGGGUGCCCUGAAGAAAUAUGAAGAGAAGUACAAUGUCAAGAUUACAUUCUCCGUCGAAUCCGAACCCUUGGGCACAGCCGGUCCCCUCAAGCUCGCCGAGAAGAUCUUGGGCAAGGACGACAAACCUUUCUUCGUCCUCAACUCCGACGUCAUCUGCGAAUAUCCCUUCAAGCAGUUGGCCGACUUCCACAAUUCACACGGCGAAGAGGGCACCAUCGUUGUCACCAAGGUUGAGGAGCCUAGCAAAUACGGUGUCAUCGUGCACAAACCCAACCAUCCUUCACGCAUCGACCGCUUCGUUGAGAAGCCCGUCGAAUUCGUCGGCAACCGCAUUAAUGCCGGUAUCUACAUCUUCAACCCCUCUAUUCUGAAGAGAAUCGAGCUCCGCCCUACAUCCAUUGAGCAGGAGACAUUCCCCGCCAUUUGCAAGGACGGCCUGCUGCAUUCCUUCGACCUCGAGGGUUUCUGGAUGGACGUCGGUCAGCCCAAGGACUUCCUCAGCGGAACGUGCUUGUACCUGUCCUCUCUGACCAAGAACAACCCCAAAGCUCUCGUCUCCCCAUCAGAACCAUACGUCUUUGGCGGAAACGUCAUGGUCGACCCCACCGCUAAGAUCGGCAAGGGCUGCCGCAUCGGUCCCAAUGUGGUUAUUGGACCUGGCUGUGUCAUUGGUGAUGGUGUCCGACUACAGAGAUGUGUGUUGCUCGAGGACUCUAAGGUCAAGGACCACGCCUGGAUCAAGUCGACUAUCGUUGGCUGGAGAUCCACCGUUGGUCGCUGGGCCCGGCUCGAAAAUGUCACUGUUCUCGGUGACGACGUGUCCAUUGGUGACGAGAUCUACGUCAACGGUGGAAGUGUCUUGCCGCAUAAGAGCAUCAAGGCCAACGUCGAGGUGCCAUCAAUCAUCAUGUAAACGGCCUUUGCUCUAGGUUGCAUGGUUUUCUCCGCUAGGCCGACUUUCAGUGUUCACUAUGAUGCUUGAGACCGGACUCUUUCAACAAUGUGUUAUCAGCUAUUACUAAGUGCAUGCAUGGCGAAUUGAGCAAAGCUUGGGCGUUCAUUGGAGUUGAGCUUGAGGGAAUAAAAAACACUGCUCGGUUCGAUGGGGGUGGGACAAUCACAGAGAAUGUUCCUGCUGGUUUGGACGGCAGUGCAGACAUGGAGCGACGGCGCCCUGGACCAGGUACAGGUUCAGAGUGAAUUUGCUGUAUAAUUAUCGAAGUGAGCCUCCCAGCUCUGGUAGGAACGAAGUUUCGGAUCGGGCUUCGGUUGGUCGCCGUUCAACGGGAAUAAUGAAAGACUUGAAAGAACAUUUAAGUUGCCCUCGGAAAUUUUGCCCUUUCUCAAACUCUUCCAAAGUUCUCACUGCAGAGGCACGUCCCGCGUCUGGCCCUGCACGUCAACCUCGGACAUCAUGGGCAACAAUCGUCUCGUUCUCGAUGCCAGUCCUCUCUAGUCAGAUGGCUGCCCGCAACGACGACACCGAGAUGACAUCGAUUCAGCACUUCUCCACUAGCAGGACCGCUCCUUUCCAGAGCGGCAAGCGAUCGCUCAUUGCAGUAAAAUCAACAAUGCCUCUAUACAUGACAAUAUUGCCGCGAAACAGCUACAGAUAGCGAGACCCAAGUCGAUGCGGCCCAGCUGCACGCCUGCGACGACGCCGGCAGCCACGGAGAGCGACAUGAUGACUGCGAUCGCGACGCAGAGCGCCUGCGGAUCGAGCCUUCGCACAAUCAGAAGAGCACGUGCUCGGUUGACUUCGGCCACUCUGCCGUCGCUGAUGAGCAACGAAGAGUUCCAUCUAGUGAAUGCUAGCAUGUUAUCCAAGACUUCAGGCUGUUGAAGCGCACGAGUGUACAACUCAUGGCCUUGGCGACUUUCGACAUUGACAAGAUGUGAGGAAUACUGGCGCCCAAUGUGUAUCUGGUGCAGCUAUUCGGAUUGUCAAUGAAGGACUCCCGGGAGAUCUGACACCCGGCGGCCGGACUUACUAGACCAACGUUUGCAAUGUCGACCACCGGCUUUUGACACCUGAGCGCACGCUUGAAUCUGGAAUCGAAGGCCUUCGCGUCCGCCAGACGUUGCCUCAGUUUCUUCAUGACUGUAGACCCCGAGUCCGAGGAUCGCACUUGCACCAAAUGAAGGACCCAGUCGCCGCGGUCGCCUCUGGCAACAAUAGGUAGGUAGGAGACCUUGGAAGGUUCUUCCGAUGUGUUUGGGCAGUCUUUGGCCCCCGAGCCCAUCGAAAUGUCUUGUUUCUUCCACCUCGCAAAGAAUACUCAUGUCGAAGCAGAGCCAUCUCCGAAGGCGGUCAACAAUUCCUUAUAUGGUUUGCGAUGAUUGACCAUUUUUCUUGGAGCGCGAGAGACUUCAGACGAACCUUGCUGGAGUGAUGAGAAAACGCGAACGUUGUCGGGCGCAGAAAGCGAGACUUGGGAAAAGCACUCGAAUAGGAGUCUCUCCUUCUCUGCGGACCUCAUUUUAUUCAUGCCAGAAUUCGGGACACAAUCUUCCAGGGUCUUUACCCCGAGAUGUUAUCGGCCGGGUACUCCUGUGGCAGUGCUCCUGAUGCCUGGACCUGGAGGAUUUUCCCUGCAGGUCAUAGCCUUCAGAAGAUACAAGUACUAUGAUACUCGGACGCGCCGAUGACAAGCAAGGCUGACGCUAAGCCUCAAAGCCAUCCAUGCUGUUGUUGGCUCCUGCCGCCUGUCGACACCUUGACACCUGUUCACCUCAUUACACCUUGCGACUUUACAUUCUCUUACACCACGACAAACUCUUGCGCACCACUCACACCGUAUGAGGCUCAGCGGGCGAGUGGUCUGCCCGGGCGGGGAUGCGUAACUACCUUAUUAUUGUAGGCCGAUCGUCUCGCUUGACUACCUAUGGCCAAUAAGGCAAUCACAAAUACUUUUUGAUCACUAUCACAAACGAGCUCUUGCCACCCGAAAUUUCGGACUUUGCCUGGCCAGUCUAAGGUUGAGGUCCGCGAAUUCGUAAGAGAAUUCGAGGUCUCAAGUAUGUGUCUACUUUCCACGCCACCCUGUCUGGCACCAACUCGCGUGCAUUUGCCC